AUGGCCUUGAAGCAGUCAGUUAACCGCCGCGUUCGUAAGCGCAGGGACCCUCUAGCUGGUGACGGAAUCAUACAACCUACACAUUUACCCUUCAGGCUGAAGGCUCAAGGAACGGCGCCGCAAUACCAAAGAGUAAAUCGCCCGACAAAGUGCGUCAAAAUCCCAGAAGCAAAGCGCCGUACUACGAAACACCAAGGUCAAGGCCAGGAAGCCGAAUCGCAAACCACACAGAAUCACGCAAACGUACCGAAACCGCAGGAUCAGCCGCGCGAAACAACCAGGCAGGCAACCCCAAAACCAAGACUAAUCCUACCAAAGUCCAUACAGCUCCAUCACAACGAGGACCCCAAGACGCAAACCCUCUGCCUCGACUGCCAGGCUCCCCUUCAACCGCCAAACCACCUCCUCCGCGUCUUCCCCUGCCGCCACAUCAUCUGCGACGCAUGCUUCACCAAAGGCUUCGACAAAGACAAAGAAAGCAAGACGCCCAUCCACUGCUCCUUCUGCGGCGCCUGCGUUUACCGACCGAGUCCGCCCAUCGAGGGCCUGGUGUGCGACCACCAGAUCCCGUAUGUGACGCUGUCGUCGAGCAUACCGGGGGAUUUCUUCCUGCGCGAGGGGCAGACGACGCUGGGCUUGCAGUGCCAGCGGUGCUUUGUGCUCUCCAAGAUGAGGCAGUACACUGCGGAGAUUAGGGAGAAGACGGGGCAGAAUGUGUUUGCGUGCUGUGGGAGGGGGUCAGAUGCGAUUCAUGGGGGCAGUGUGUCGAGCUUGUUGGUCAGUGAGUUGGAUGUUGUGGUGGAUGAGUUGGUGGGCGAGGCGGCGUUUGUGACGAGGGAGUUUCGGGAGGCGGCGAAGGGGAUGGGUUUGGACAUGGAGCUGCAGGGUGUUGAAGUUGUUUUUCGGAGGGCGAAUUUGGAGAUUGGUACGGGGAUGGGACUGGGGGAGGGGGAGGGGGUUGAGUGCAUGGAAGAUGUGAAGUUUGAGAGCGCUGAGUUUGUGAGGGAGCACGCGGAGUAUUGGGCUGUGUGA